AUGGACGAAACAGACACGCUGCAAAAGGACUCUUCAGAAAUUUAUUUAAGGAAAGAAAAAGACAAGAUACAGCAGGUUGGCCCCAUUGGACUGUUUCGGUUUGCAGAUGGGUUAGACGUUGUACUGAUCAUCUUCGGAACUGUGAUGUCGAUGGUCCAUGGGCUAAUGUUCCCCCUCAUGUGUAUCAUGUUUGGGAAUGUAGCGGACACAUUCAUUCAAUAUUCAAAAAUGUCUAAAAUCAACACCAGCCAUGCCAGUGAGUUCACAGAGACAGAAAACGUCGCUGGGUAAGAGAAAGUUAGCAGCUUUGCCAUCUACUUCAUCAUCACCAGUGCAAUAUUGAAUGUGGCUGCCUACAUGCAGGGUGCUUUCUUUGCACUGACUGCUGGGCGACAGAUCAAACGCAUUCGCAAGCAUUUUUUCCACAGCAUCAUGCGACAGGACAUCGGUUGGUUUGAUGUCAACGAGACAACAACACUCAACACUCGUCUCAUUGAUGAUAUCUGGAAGAUCCAAGAGUUUAUAGGAGACAAGAUGGGGAUGCUGAUCCACUCUGUUUCCACCUUCAUCUUAUCCGUCAUCAUCAGUUUAGUUAUAGGAUGGAAACUGGCUCUGGUCACCUUGGCAGCCUGCCCCUUUCUCGGCCUUUCAGCCACCCUUUUUAAUAAGGUACUGAUGUCAUACUCUUCUAAAGAACAGGCUGCUUAUGCCAAAGCAGAUGCAGUUGCACAGGAGGUGCUUUCUGCCAUCAGGACCGUGCUUGCCUUCAAUGGUCAGCAAAGAGAGCUCGAGAGAUAUCAUAAGUGUUUGGAGGCCGUGAAGAAAAUAGGAGUAGAGAGGUCGAUAAAUUCAAAUUUAAUCAGGGGCUUUUCCCUUAUGGUGAUGUACCUGUCUUAUGCUCUGGCCUUCUGGUAUGGGAGUACACUCAUUCUGAGUGGAGAUAAAGCAUACACCAUCGGAACUGUACUCAAGGUUUUAUUCACUUUGUUUGCUGGAACAUUUGCCUUUGGGAAAAUGUCACCUAACCUCAAGGCUUUUGUCAUUGCCCAAGGAGCUGCACACCAAGUGUACACCAUCAUUGACAGAAAAUCACCCAUCGACAGCUAUUCGAAAAGUGGCUUCAAGCCUGACUCAGUCAAUGGAAACAUAGAGUUUAGGAACGUUCACUUUAACUACCCCUCAAGGCCAGGAGUCAAAGUCUUAAACAAUAUGUCCCUGAGUGUGAAGAGUGGACAAACCAUCGCCUUGGUGGGAAGCAGUGGCUGUGGUAAAAGCACUAUCAUCCAGCUGUUGCAGAGGUUCUAUGAUCCUCACAAGGGAACGGUUUCUAUUGAUGAUUAUGACAUCCGUUCUCUCAAUAUCUGCUACCUUCGAGGGAUGAUUGGCGUAGUGAAUCAAGAGCCUGUCCUUUUUGCUACUAGCAUCGCUGAAAACAUUCGAUAUGGACGAACCAAUGUGACACAGCAUGAGUUAGAGCAAGCUGCCAAGGAGGCCAACGCUUAUGACUUCAUCAUGAACCUUCCCGAAAAGUUUGAGACGGUGGUUGGGGACCGAGGGACUCAGAUGAGUGGAGGUCAGAAGCAGAGAAUUGCAAUCGCUCGGGUGCUAGUCCGUCAACCCAAAAUCCUUUUGCUGGAUGAAGCAACAUCUGCUCUUGAUUCCGAGAGUAAGACUAUUGUGCAAGCUGCACUCGACAAGGUCAGACUGGGUCGUACCACCAUAAUUGUGGCCCAUAGUCUCUCAACGAUCAGAAAUGCCGAUAUGAUUGCUGUUUUCCAACAUGGAGAGGUUGUCGAGCUGGGGACUCAUAGCCAACUGAUGAGAAAAAAAGGUGUCUACCAUACUCUCAGUACGAUACAGAUGUUUCAGAAAGCUAAGGAUAAAGAUCAGCAGAAUUGUGAGCAUAAUGAGAACUGCUCACCAGUCAAAACUUCUGAAACUUCCACGUAUAGGUGGAAGUCUACAAAAUGUUCUUCCUCCGCUGAUGUAGAGGAAAACAAAGAGAGUGAAAAUUUGGUGGAUGACAAUGGCAAAACAGAAGAGGUUAAAAGUGAUCCACCUUCUUUGUUUCUCAAAGUGAUGCAUUUCAACCUCGCUGAGUGGCCUUACAUUUUGUUGGGAAUCAUUACUGCUGCAAUCACUGGAAUAGCUAAACCUGUGUACGGGGUCCUCAUCUCAAAGUUCAUCAGUGUAGGCAUACUGACAUUCACACCUAAAUAG